CGAUCUGACGCAAUCUGACGCGUGCAUGAAGUUGGAUACGAUUGGAGAUUUGUUUCCUGUCGCUCACAUGUCUCGCGGUUGUGCGUAACAUAUUUUUGUAUUUAUUAACGUAUUUAUUAAUUUAUUGGUAACAAUGCACGUCUUAACGAACAACGGUAAUCCGAACGCUUUGAAGUUGAUCGUCGCGUCUAAGUUAGCCGGCGAGUCUGUCACCGUUAAAAUCGUCGAGCCCAACAAGGCUCUUCUAGGUCGUUUACCUACAUUAACCACAUCCUCAGGAUCAUCUUUAUUCAGUGUCUCUUCAGCAUUACAACUUUUAUUGCCUGUACCCAAAGACUUGGAAGUUUCCAAUAACAAAUGGUUGGAAUGGGAAAUUUCUCAGUUACAACCAACUAUAUUGAGUUAUGCUAGUGAAAAAACUUUAAAGAUUUCACAGAAAACUGACUUAUUGUCUUUGUUAAAAGAUCUCAAUAGUGAAUUAAAAGAUAAACAGUACUUAAUUGAGACACAUAGUAAUUUAUCACCAGCGGAUAUUUCUAUUUGGGUGAGUCUCUGGAGCACUGUAUUUGUUUAUGACAUCGAAGAUCUUUCUAGGACAUUACCAAAUGUCACUAGUUGGCUGGCUAACAUUGAAAAGCAAUUAGUUGUUCAGGAAUCUAUCAAGAUGUGUGUUAAAGAGUUCAAGUUGGAGAGGGGUACAAAAGCUGUUGCAAGUAUUGAAGCUGCUUCCUGGUUCCCCAGCAAUACAAAUUCAAGUUGUCGUGUGCGUAAUUUAGCAUCAAGUGAUCUUAGUCCAACUAAAGAGAAAGAAAAAGAGAUAGAAGUUAUUAGUCAGGAAGAACUUCUUAAUGUGGAAAAUAACUGGACUACCGGACAAUAUCUAGAAGUUAAGGAAAAUUCGUAUCCUAUACUGCCCAAAAAAGGAGAAAGAAACGUCCUAGUAACAUCGGCACUUCCUUAUGUUAAUAAUGUUCCGCAUUUAGGAAAUAUCAUCGGUUGUGUUCUUUCGGCUGAUAUUUUCGCAAGAUAUUGUAGACAAAGAAAUUACAACACUCUAUACAUAAGUGGCACCGAUGAAUACGGCACCGCAACCGAAGCAAAAGCUUUACAAGAGAAAACAACUCCUCAAGCUAUUUGCGAUAAAUUCUUCGACAUACACAACGAUGUUUACCGUUGGUUUGGUAUCGGAUUUGAUUACUUCGGUCGUACCACUACGCCUGAACAGACUGAAAUUGUUCAAGCGUUUUUUCUAAAGAUCAAGUCGCAGGGUUACGUGUUGAGUCAAACUGUGGAGCAGUUGCAUUGCGAGUUUUGCGAUCGAUUUCUCGCCGACAGAUUUGUGGAAGGCACAUGUCCUGGAUGUAAGUACGAAGACGCGCGCGGUGAUCAGUGCGAUGGCUGCGGCCAUCUCGUAAACGCGGUCGAGUUAAUAAAUCCUCGAUGUAAGAUUUGUAGCAAUAGACCCGUCAUAAAAAACUCGGUGCAAUUCUUUCUGGAUUUACCCAAGGUAGAACAGAAAUUAAAAGAAUAUUCUUCUACUGUGGAGAAAGGAUGGUCUAGUGUCGCGAGGGUAGUUUCAAGAGCGUGGCUGCGCGACGGUCUCAAACCGCGUUGCAUAACCAGAGAUCUGAAGUGGGGUAUACCGGUUCCGGUGAAGGGCUAUGAGAACAAAGUGUUCUACGUUUGGUUCGACGCUCCUUUCGGAUAUAUCAGUAUUACAAAGAGAUACACCAAAGAAUAUAUGCAAUGGUGGCAACCGUCUCAGGAUGUAAAAGUCGACUUGUGCCAGUUUAUGGCAAAAGAUAAUGUUCCAUUCCACGCAAUAAUGUUUCCCGCUUGUCUGUUGGCAACUAAUCAAAAUUACACAUUGAUCAAGUAUUUAAUGGCAACUGAAUAUCUGAAUUAUGAGGAUAAGAAAUUUUCGAAAUCUAGAGGCAUCGGAGUAUUCGGAACCGAUGCUAGAGACACCGGCAUUCCAGCCGAUGUAUGGCGAUUUUAUUUAGCUUAUAUCAGACCAGAAACCCAAGACUCAAAUUUCAACUGGAUAGACUUAGCUACAAAGAACAAUAGCGAGUUACUGAAUAAUCUUGGCAAUUUUGUUAAUAGAGCCUUGAUGUUCUGUCAGAAGUUCUUUGAUUCUAAUAUACCACCGAUAGAACAGCCGGAAGAGGCGGAUUGGACCGUACUGGCGGAGGCGCAACGCGAAUUGACGUCUUACAUAAUUGCCAUGGAACAGGCUAAGUUGAGAGAUGGCUUGAAACACAUUUUGGCGAUUUCGAAGCAUGGCAAUCAAUAUAUGCAAUUCCAACAGCCGUGGGUGAAAAUCAAAGGGACUGACGACGACAAGAAGAAAGCUGGCACCGUUGUCGCAAUUUGCUGCAAUCUGGCGUGUCUUUUAUCCGCUCUUCUCGGUCCCUUUAUGCCCACUACGGCUAAGCAACUGAGAUCUCAACUAGGCUUGAGUAACAAAAAUUACGGAUACAUUCCCGAGACAAUAACAAAUAUGCUACCAACUUGGCACAAAAUUGGCAAGCCUAAUCCGCUUUUCACCAGAAUUGAAGAUCAAACAGUGGAAUUGUUACGCAAAAAAUACGCCGGACAACAAGAAACUAACGGAAAGAUGCCGUCCGAGACGAGUAAAGAAUCUGCUAAAACGUCGGAAAAGAGCAAAGAAUCUGCUAAAAUAUCGGACAAAGACUGUCCCAACAAUGUUGCAGUAUUAGAAGCUGCUAUUACAAAACAAGCCAAUUUAGUAAGAGAACUGAAAAGUAAACAUGAGAAAAGCAUCUGGCAACCUCAAGUAGAAAUAUUAUUGGAUUUAAAGAAAAAACUUGCUGCUCUCAAAGGCGUUGCGAACACAUCUGAGAAAAACGCAAAAAAUAAAAAGACGCCCGUGUCGCAACAGAAUGGCUGGGUCUCGCAACAAGGUUAAAAGUGCUUGCUCUUAUAUAUUAUUUACGAUAAUAUGUCACUUUCGCAUUCUAUUACGUGACAUCACAAUUUUAUGCGAGAAUUGUAUAUUAGAUAAGAUGAAUGUGCGUGUGUACGAAAAUUAAAUCGAAGUAUUGUUCGCGAAAGUAAAGCAAUCUUUAGUAACUCAAGUCACAACAUUGAAUAGAAAACAAAAAUUUAAAGGUAAAAAUACCUUCAUCUUUUUUCUCGCUAUAUGUAGAAUACACAGAUAUAAAGAUGUAGUAGUAUGUCAAAAUUGUGUACAGCAGAAUCUCUGAUGAUUCAACUCUCUUCUGUUUCCCCCAUUUUUUGGCACAGAUUGUGCGUCACUGUACAACAUGCUUCCUUUAUCCUCAUGCCCUGUGCAGCACAUUUCCUUUAUUUUCACAGACUAGCGACUCUUUCAGUUCAUCUACUUUUGUUGUUACAGGACAUUCCCGCUUAAUUUAAGUCGUCGGAACCGAAUAAUCAUGUCCACUAUCUUUCACAGUUUAUAAGGAACUGCUGUGAAAUCAAAAUAGCAAGAAUCUGAUUUGUGUUGACAUCAUCAUGAAAUAUUUUCUAUGUGUAUACAUAUGUAUUUGCUUACAUACGAUUAAAUAAUCUGGACUAUGACACUACGCUUUUUACAAGAGUAAAUAUGCUACAUCUAUAUAUCUGUGAUAGAAUAAUUUUUAACAUUCUAGUAAACAAGUUAUUUUAUGCUAUUUAACAAGUUAGUGAAAUAACUUACUUUAACUUAUUUUUUUCGACGCAUGACAUGUUACAUAAUGUCUACAAUUAGAAGAAAAAAUUAGUUAAAGGUAAGAAAGUACACAUUUUUUUUCUUAUUCGGAAAGAUAUUUAAUUUAAAAAAUACUUUUUACGUAACACGAUUUGUGUCUUUGACUAAAGUCAAAGAGUUACCUAUUGAACUCGUGUUGGAAUUUGGAGACACUAAUGUUUCUUUAUUAAUUAGUUUGUUUCGGGAUGGGUAAUUGUACUCUUUAUCGUAAGAACGAUUAUGAGAGAAUAUUUGUACUUUAUUUAAAAAAUACGUUUAUAUAUUUCCACGACUUAUGUUUGUACACACGACAAUAGUCUGACAAAUGUUUUACGUAAGAAUUAUAAGUAAUAAUAACUGCCCCCCAAGAAGAUAUCAACUUAAAUAACGCUUCUUGCUACUUCUCGCACUGUCCCCAAGUUACAUCCAACUAUUUCCAUCUGACAAGUUAUUGCGCUUCAAAUAAAAAAACAAAUGUUUUUAUUUAUGAAACAAUCAUCUAGUGAUCCUACGAAAGAAUCUUAUAAGAAAUGUAAUUUUAAUAAGACUCGUAUAUAAGAUCCAAUUGUAAAAGUUGACAAGGAUGCAUAAAAAACCGCAAUAGUCACGAAAUAAAUAUACUACGUAAUACGAUUAAAAUGAUAAGAAGUGAAAUGUUGUAUCUACUGGUACUGUUUUGUCAUUAAUACUUUUUGGAAGAACUUACUCGCUUCCGGGAGA